AUGUCCGAGAGCCCAACAACCCCUGGACGCCCCAGGGAUCCCCAAAGCCCUACAGUGACGGGUAUCCCCUCCAUCCUUACGGUUUUGAGAGAGCCAGAGUCCUUCUCUACCGAUGAUGAUCGCCGUGUCUACCGCCAAUCAUCCCCCGAAACAGCUUCAAGGCUGGCGCGAGAGACCUUAAUCAGCAUGUGCAAGACUAUAGGUCUCGUUGGUGCGCAGCUCAACAACGGCACGAAUGACUCCGACUUCCAGUUACGGCAACUAAUCCACCUGGCCCGGAACAUCACCAAACGAUUGGACAGUCCCGAUACGAAUGGUAAUCCUUCUCGAUUCGAGUAG